CAGCCGAGGAGUAAGAGCACAGACAGGGACUGCCAGAGUAGCUGAGCAUCUGCUGAGGGUAAAGCUGCGUGUUGCAGUCUUGAUCUCGAGGUGCUUUUUGCUGCUGUCCCUCACUCGGAUCGUCCAGGUGAUAUCCUAGCAAGCAACAAGAAUGGAUGUCUUUAAGAAAGGUUUCUCCAUUGCUAAAGAAGGUGUGGUGGCUGCUGCAGAAAAGACCAAGCAGGGAGUGACAGAGGCUGCAGAGAAGACUAAAGAAGGGGUGAUGUAUGUAGGUACCAAAACCAAGGAAGGUGUCGUGCAAAGUGUGACCUCAGUUGCUGAGAAGACCAAAGAGCAGGCCAAUGUGGUGGGAGAAGCUGUCGUAGCCAGCGUGAACACAGUGGCAAACAAGACUGUAGAAGGAGCAGAGACCAUCGUGGCCACUACAGGAGUUGUAAAAAAGGAGGACCUGGCAGCACCGCAACCGCCCGAGCAGCCAGAGGCAGCGGGAGAGGGAGCCCCAGCACCAGGCACAGGUGGCGGCGGAGAGGGUGAAAAUGAAGGCAAUUAAUCAACUUAGGGACUUCUAGCUCAAAAGAGAGCGUUCCAAGAGCAUACAUGGAAAUAUUAGCUGACACUACAACAGGAAAAUCCCACGCUCCAUAGACUAACUCCCUUCAGCUCUGUAGCCUUUCACCUCCCUCAAAAAACAAAGGCACAAAAUACGUAAGCCAGGCUCCUCUGAUUGUAAGUAAAGUGCAGCCGUGUUGCAGGGCGUGUGUCUCCCUCCCCACCUCCCUCAUGGCUUCCCAACCCGCUCGCUCGGCGUGUUUUGGUUGGGUUCACUGAUCCAUGUCUCACAUCCAUCUGCACUGGCACUUGGGAUCUCUAGAUGUCGUGGAAAUAUUUUUUUUUUUAACUAAUAAAAAAAGUUUGAACAA